AUGGAUUUACUAAUAGAGUUUGAUUGCACUAAGUUUUUUGCCUUGGCCUCUCCACUUGAUCCUGCUACCAAGUUGAGUGCAGAUGAGGGGUACUUGUUGCCAGAUCCCUCUCACUAUAGGCGACUAGUAGGAAAGCUGAAUUUCCUAACCAACACAAGGCUUGACAUAUCUUACAGUGUACAACACUUGAGCCAAUACAUGCAAAGUCCAAGAGAGCCACACCUAAAAGCUGCAUAUCAUGUCCUAAGAGAUUACAGGGUUCGAGCCUUUUGUGACUCAGACUGGGCUGCUUGCCCUGAAUCAAGGAAGUCAGUCAGCGGAUAUGUUGUAUUGCUAGGAGAUAGUCCUAUUAGCUAG